UGAGAUGCCACCUCAGAAGAAACACUGGGAGUCCAUGGCCAAGGGGCUGCUAUUGGGGGCCCUCUUCACCAGCUUCCUGCUGCUGCUAUACUCCUAUGCCGUGCCCCCAUUGCACCCCAACCUGGCCUCCACGACCCCGGAGACCGCAGAGCCCUGCUCCCCAGCCCUGGAGGCCCCCGAGGCGGCGACUACGGCCAACGGCUCUAGAGGCCAGUGCCAGCCGCGGCGGGACAUCGUGUUCAUGAAGACGCACAAGACGGCCAGCAGCACGCUGCUCAACAUCCUCUUCCGCUUCGGCCAGAAGCACGGGCUCAAAUUCGCCUUCCCCAACGGGCGCAACGACUUUGACUACCCGGCCUUCUUCGCCCGCAGCCUGGUGCAGGACUACCGGCCGGGCGCCUGCUUCAACAUCAUCUGCAACCACAUGCGCUUCCACUACGAGGAGGUGCGCGGGCUGGUGGCGCCCAACGCCACCUUCAUCACCGUGCUGCGCGACCCCGCCCGCCUCUUCGAGUCCUCCUUCCACUACUUCGGGCCCGUGGUGCCGCUCACGUGGAAGCUGUCGAGCAGCGACAAGCUGGCCGAGUUCCUGCAGGACCCCAGCCGCUACUACGACCCCAACGGCUUCAACGCGCACUACCUCCGCAACCUGCUCUUCUUCGACCUGGGCUACGACAGCGGCCUGGACCCGGGCAGCCCGCGCGUGCAGGAGCACAUCCUGGAGGUGGAGCGCCGCUUCCACCUGGUGCUGCUGCAGGAGUACUUCGACGAGUCGCUGGUGCUGCUCAAGGAGCUGCUGUGCUGGGAGCUGGAGGACGUGCUCUACUUCAAGCUGAACGCGCGCCGCGCCUCGGCCGUGCCGCGCCUCUCGGGCGAGCUGUACCGGCGCGCCACCGCCUGGAACAUGCUGGACGCGCGCCUCUACCGCCACUUCAACGCCAGCUUCUGGCGCCGCGUGGACGCCUUCGGGCGCGAGCGCAUGGCCCGCGAGGUGGCCGCGCUGCGGCGCGCCAACGAGCGCAUGCGCCGCAUCUGCAUCGACGGUGGCCGCGCGGUGGACGCCGCCGCCAUCCAGGACGAGGCCAUGCAGCCCUGGCAGCCGCUGGGCGCCAAGUCCAUCCUGGGCUACAACCUCAAGAAGAGCAUCGGGCGGCGCCACGCGCAGCUCUGCCGCCGCAUGCUCACGCCCGAGAUCCAGUACCUGAUGGACCUCGGGGUCAACCUCUGGGUCACCAAGCUCUGGAAGCUCAUCCGGGACUUCCUGCGGUGGUGAC